AUGCGGCCGCCCCGUUCCAACCCGCUUCUUCUUUCUUUCUCUCUCGCAGACCCACUCCACUCGCGGCGGCGCGCUAGCCGCCUCCGCACCAUCUCGCUGUCGCCGUCGCCGUCACCGUCCCUCCCGACGCUGCAGCAGCCGAUGGAGGCGUUCGGCUUCGAUGCGCUCAAGGAGACCUUCUCGGUGGACGUGGCAGCGGCCGAGGCGCGCCCGCUCAACGUGCCGCUCGCCACACCCUUGAACAUCGCCUCCUCGCGCCUCGAGGACGUCGCCAACGUCGCCGUGCGGGUCGAGCUCUCCAGUGGCGCCGUCGGCUGGGGCGAGGCCCCGGCCCUCCCCUCCGUCACCGCCGAGGACCAGCCCGUUGCGCUCGCCGCCAUCGCCCGCGCCUGCGUCGCGCGGACCGCGACCCUCGGCGCCGUUCGGGCCGAGCUCUCCAGCAGCGCCGUCGGCUGGGGCGAGGCCCCGGUCCUCCCCUCCGUCACCACCGAGGAGCAGCCCGCUGCGCUCGCCGCCAUCGCCCACGCCUGCGCUGCGCGGACCGCGCCCCUCGGCGCCGUGCUCCAGGACGUCGCCGAUGCGCUCCCCGGACACACCUUCGCCUCGGCGAGACAUCCACACCUGUUUGUCUUCAUGCUCUUGGCAAGCAAUUUUGGUUCAGUUUUCGGUACAAUUUUGGAGUUUGAGGAGUUCUACUCCACAAGACAGACUUCAGAGUUUAGAAGUCAGUUCUUUUAUAUUCCAAUUGUGACCCCAAAUGAAGCCGCUCAAUUGGCUGCAAAAUAUCGAGGACAAGGGUUUCAGACUCUGAAGCUCAAAGUAGGGAAAAACUUGAACUCAGACAUAGAAGUUCUGAAGGCUAUAUGGCUUGUGCAUCCCGACUGCUCAUUUAUCUUGGAUGCAAAUGAAGGGUACACAGCAAACCAUGCAAUUGAAGUUCUUGACAGACUAAACGAAAUGGGAGUGACUCCUGUACUCUUUGAGCAACCAGUUCAUAGAGAUGAUUGGGAAGGUCUCCAUGAUGUUAGCAUUGCUGCUAUGGAGAAAUACAGAGUUGCUGUUGCUGCUGAUGAAAGUUGCCGCGGAUUACUUGAUGCUCAAAAAAUAAUACAUGGAAAUCUUGCUCAUGUUAUUAACAUCAAACCAGAAAAGUUAGGGGUUCUUGGAGCCCUCGAAGUAAUUGAUGCCGCAAGAAAAGCUGGUAUUGCACUUAUGAUUGGUGGUAUGGUCGAGACUAGGAUUGCCAUGGGCUUUGCUGGCCAUCUCGCUGCUGGGCUUGGUUGUUUCAGUUUUAUUGACCUGGACACACCUCUUUUAUUGUCCGAAGAUCCAGUGUACGGUGGCUAUGAAGCUUCUGGACCUGUCUACAAGUUUAAGAAUGCUCGAGGCCAUGGCGGUUUCCUUCAUUUGGACAACAAUAAUGGAUGGGUAUGUCACAGCUCACUCAUGAACCGCCAUUUCCGGUAGAUAUUGUUUGUACCUAGGCGAGGAG